UGAUAAAACGGAGGAUAAAAGAGAGGCUUUGGAAUUUUGAGCUCUCACCAUUUCAUUUAGUGGAAAGACUGCAGACCAUGGCACGUUUUGUGUUCCUGCUCGUUUCGCUCGUCGUUGCCGUCCUGGCCAGCGAAUCUUCAACAAAAGCCUCACAGUCGGAGGAAAUCUUGAACAAUUUGAAUACAACGAAUGAAAAACUGGACCAGUUGAUAAAACAGGUUCUGGAGACGCGGAAGCUGGUGGAGGAGCAAAACGAAAAGCUGAUAAAAUUUUCCAACGAAACAAACGACAGACUGGCUCAACUGGACUCAAUCGUCAACCAACACCACAAUCAGGCGGAAGAAAAGAGGAAAAACGAUGAAGAGAAGCUGAACGCUUUGGCAAACAUCACCGAGCGUCAUAUUCAGUUCUUUCAAAGCAGAUUCCCAACGCACUGCAACGUAGCUCGUUCAGCAAUUUUAAAGACGCUAUCAAACGGAAAGAAGUACUUUUUCCAUCCAACUCAAGCGAACUGGAAUUCUGCAAACGAGACCUGCUCCAAUCAGGGCCUCCAAUUGGCCACAUUCAGGGACCAAAAUGACGCUCAGGUGGUAGCAGCAGAAACGUCAAGAAUUUAUGACGGCGGUUGCUGGGUUUCAGCGAAAAACUCUGUAAUACGAGGUGAAAAGGACUUUCGGUGGCGCGACGGGACCAAUUUUGAACUGAACAGUCCGUUGUGGAAGGACAAGCCGAGCAUGUUGGAGGACUGCGUUUAUACCUUCAACUGGGCGAAAGGAAAAUUGAACACGUGGUCAUGCACCAAAAGUCUGCAUUUCAUCUGCGAGCUGCCCAGCGAAUGUUACUGAGGGCGAAACAAAAUUUUCCUCCAAAAAUUGCGGCACAAAUUUAAAAACUCUCAGUUCUAGCAAAAUAUUUCAUUAUACUGAAAUAAAUUUAUAAUUUUGUUACAACCUUUCCAAUUAAAAA